AUGUUGACCAUGUCAAAUGCUAGAUUACCUUCGUUAAAUCCUUCUACUCCCACCGAACUUACUUUGAGUCCACUAUCAGUAUCACAGCCCGUCCACUCGAUUCUCAAGGUCUUCACUUCUUCAGAUCCAGAUCGAUCUUCACCUAUAGCUAUUUUCGUCCCUCCGUCACCUUCCAUUACUACCACUACUCCCCCCAUCAAAUGUACCAGACAUGAACAACGCACCCGGCCAUUCCCAGCCUUCGUCAACUUCAACUUCCACAUCGACCUCAACUACACAUCACUUUACUCCCCCAACCAAUGCCACAAUCAUCUCCCAGCCAAAUACGAUACCCCAAAUGGGUAA